GGUCGCGCCACACGACGCUCCGAACGUAUUUACGAACCGUGAAAACACGCUUAUCACUAACGUGUAUAAUAACAAUUCUGAAAACUAUGUUUAAAAAUCAACGAUUUUAAACUUAAAAUACUGUUGUAGAAAAAAAUCAUUACUUGGAUUUUGUGAACUUUUUUCGUGCUGUUUUCUGGAGAUUAAAAAUUGUUUACGAUCACGCUGGACAUCGCCAAGUGUUUAAUAGUGAAUUAAACCAUGUGCUUUAACAAUACAAGAACUGUGUUAACUACGGCCGAAAUAGACUUGGUAAAUUGAUGGAUACUACACAUCCGGCAAGGGGACAACGCAAACGAACGCCGACGGAAAAAACAUGACACUGAGCCUAUCGUGCCCUGUUUUCUUUCUUCCUUGAUAUUUGAUUUAUCUCGCAAUGGCUGUUUCUCGAUUUUCAUCAAGACAACUUCAUAUUAGCCGAAUCAUUAUUUGGUUCAUGGUUGGAUUCAACGUCGCCGAUCAGAGUUCUUUGCCGUUGAAAUAUGAAGCUCCCGAUGAUUGCCAGUGGUGGCUUCGGGGUCCGAACGACGCUCACGAAGUCUCACUGACUUGUAAACUUCGCACUAUAAACAGUGAAUUCGACACGACAAAUUUUAGUGUCAUACCAUCAGAACAUACAACCUCUCUAAGAAUAGAGUGCAACGAAGAGAUGAUGUAUAAAAGUUCAUUAGACGAUCGAAGUUUUGCGCAUUUAGUAAAACUGCGUGAACUUGUUUUAGAUAACUGUAAAAUUGGAAGAUGGCCGCCUGGCGUACUUUCCGGCUUGAGAGACCUCCGUAAUUUAACGAUCCGAACGAAAAACACGGAGUGGGCCGCUAUGAGUUUAGAGAUAGCAUCAGAAAGCUUUACCGCCGUUCGGCAGUUGGAAAAGUUGGAUCUCAGCUUUAACAACAUUUGGUCGUUUCCCGAGAACUUGUUUUGCCCGUUAACGAACUUGGUCUAUUUGAAUGUCUCUUCGAAUCGUCUUCAAGAUGUAAGUGAUUUAGGAUUCAGAGAACGCGCAGUUCAUCAAGCUUUGAUAAGUGAACAAGAUGGACCGAUACCUUCCACAGCAUCGGCACACUCGACGUGUUCGCUAGACAUAGAAGUCUUAGAUGCCUCCAAUAAUCAUUUUGUGCUGAUGCCAGAAAAUGGAUUUAUGUCGCUACGUAGACUAAAGGAACUCCAUAUCCACGAUAACGAAAUUUCUAUGGUAGCCGACAAAUCACUAUCCGGACUGAAACAAUUGCAGAUAAUAGAUCUCUCGAACAAUAAGAUCGUUGCUCUUCCCCAAGAUCUAUUUAAAGAUUGCCGACCAGUGAUAAAAGAAAUAUACUUACAAAAUAACUCUAUCAGUGUGCUUUCACCGAGUCUUUUCGCUAAUUUGGAACAGCUGUUAGCACUGGACUUAUCUAAUAACCAUCUAACAAGCACUUGGAUAAAUGAAAAUACUUUCACUGGUCUCAUAAGAAUGGUAUUGUUAAAUUUGUCGAAUAAUAGACUAACUAAAUUGGAACCGAAAAUUUUCAAAGACCUGUACACGUUACAGAUAUUAAAUGUUCAGCACAAUAUGCUUGAAAAUAUUGCUGCUGAUACUUUUUCACCAAUGAACAAUUUACAUACCUUGAUUUUGUCCUACAACAAAAUUACUCACAUUGACGCUUAUGCACUGAAUGGUCUUUAUGUUUUAUCUUUAUUAUCGAUUGAUAACAAUCGUCUUGAAGAACUUCACCCGGAAGCAUUUCGUAAUACAUCUUCGUUGCAAGACUUGAAUUUAAACGGGAAUCGGUUAAAGAAAGUACCCAUAGCACUAAGAAAUAUGCGAUUGUUGAGAACUCUUGAUCUUGGAGAAAAUCAGAUAACAUCACUUGAAGAACCCGGCUUUGUCGGUUUGCAUAAUGUUUAUGGGUUACGACUCAUUGGAAAUAAAAUAGAAAAUAUAAGCAAAGAUGUAUUUUCAGAUUUGCCUACGUUACAAAUCUUGAAUUUGGCACGAAACAAGCUGAAACAUGUCGACGUCAAUGCAUUCGAUACACUAACCAACCUCCAAGCAAUUAGAUUAGAUGCAAACCGCCUCACUGAUAUACAGGGCCUAUUUGUAAACAUACCCUCUCUGUUGUGGUUAAACGUAUCAGAUAACCAAAUAGAAUGGUUUGAUUAUACUGUUAUACCAUCAGGACUUCAAUGGUUGGAUCUUCACAGCAACAACAUCAAAGAAUUAGGAAAUAACUACCGCAUGGACAAAGAGUUAAGGUUACAAACAUUAGAUGCGAGUUUCAAUAAAAUGACGAAAAUAUCAACUUAUUCUAUUCCCAGCAGCGUGGAGCUACUUUUCUUGAAUGAUAAUCAAAUUAUACAAGUUGAGGCCCAAACUUUUGUUGGAAAAACCAAUUUAACGAGAGUCGAUUUGUAUGCAAAUCAGAUAACUAGUAUGGAUCUCAAUGCGCUUCGUCUAACUCCAGUCGAUCCCGGCCGGCCGUUGCCCGAAUUUUAUAUCGGUGGAAACCCAUUUCAGUGUGAUUGUACUAUGGAAUGGUUACAACGAAUAAACAAACUCGAUCAUCUUAGACAACACCCGAGAGUGAUGGACUUGGAAAGUAUUUACUGCAAGUUGUUGUACAAUCGUGAACGAACUUACAUUCCGCUGAUCGAAGCAGAAUCAUCGCAGUUUUUGUGUACAUACAAAACUCACUGUUUUACGUUGUGUCAAUGUUGUGAUUUUGAUGCCUGUGAUUGUGAAAUGACGUGCCCAUCGAACUGUACGUGUUAUCACGACCAGCCGUGGUCAGCGAAUAUUGUGGAUUGUUCCGCGGCAGGGUAUUCCGAAAUACCCAAUAGUAUACCUAUGGACGCUACUGAACUAUAUUUAGAUGGUAAUAAUUUUGGUGGUUUAACAAGUCACGCUUUUAUUGGACGUAAAAAUUUAAAAAUAUUGUAUGCAAAUAAUUCUAAUAUCGACGCUCUCUAUAAUAAUACUUUUAGUGGACUAAAACGCUUAACAAUUUUGCAUUUAGAAAAGAACAAUAUAAAAGAGUUACUCGGUUUCGAACUAUCGCCCUUAGAAAAUUUACGAGAACUUCAUCUUCAAGACAAUAAAAUACAUUAUAUCGAUAAUAGGACUUUCAUGGAGUUGAGGCAUUUGGAAGUAUUGCGAUUGGAAGGCAACAAUAUUUAUGGCUUUGCAGUAUGGCAAUUUACGAUGAAUCCGUAUUUGGUGGAAAUAAGUCUCUCGCGAAAUCCUUGGUCAUGUGACUGCCAAUACAUGCAUAAAUUUCGAAAUUGGUUUAAGAACAACCUAGGUAAGGUUGAAGAUGCAAAUAAAAUUACAUGCGUAUUCGACAAUGUAACGAAUGCCGUGGGCCCUCUUAUGGCCGAUUUCAAUUCAACAAUUUGCACGAGUCACGUUGGAGGGAGCUCAUCUAUAAUCGAAAACCAAGUAAUAAAUGAUUAUCUUCCGUUACUGUUGAUAGCCCUGUGUGUGUUCGUCGUGAGCUCGGCCUUAAUAUGCGGCGUGUUUUAUUGGCGUCGUGAGCUAAGAGUAUGGGUUUAUUACCAUUGUGGAUUCCGAAUGUGUUACAAAAGUACAACUUUCGACGAAGAAGCCGACAAAGAUCGCCUUUUCGACGCUUACAUAAGUUAUAGCGUCAAAGAUGAGGCUUUCGUCGCUCAAAUGCUAGCGCCUGGCCUAGAAUCCACCGAUCCCAGUUUCCGUUUAUGUCUACAUUACCGCGAUUUUAACGCUUCGGCGUACGUUGCGGAUACGAUAAUAGAGGCUGUCGAGUCGUCAAAGAGGACGAUCAUUGUCCUAUCUAAAAACUUUAUCAACAAUGAAUGGUGUCGUUUCGAAUUUAAGACGGCACUACACGAAGUACUGAAAGAGAGACGAAGAAGACUGAUAAUAAUAUUGCUAGGCGAUAUACCGAAUAGGGAUAUCGAUCCGGAGUUGCGUUUAUGUUUGAAGGCGAAUACGUGCAUCGAAUGGGGUGAUAGACAGUUUUGGCAAAAGUUGAGGUUCGCGAUGCCGGACUUGCGGAAGUGUCAGUAUCACCGUUCCACAGUGAAUAUUUACGCUUCGGUGUCACCAGUGGGGGCAGGACGGGCGGCGGCGCCGCCCCCACCACCGCCGCCGGGCAAGCUCCCCCCUCUGUUGGGCGACGGCCUGGCCAUACCAGCCGGGGUCCACACGCGCGACCAUCACACCCACCGCAUGCCACCUCAAGCGCAGCUCUGGGCGUAGCGUAUGCUCCAACGCAGUGCGUCUUCGGAACGCGCUGCGUACACCUGGUUGCCAGACACCAGGAUCGAGUUCUGCUCACCAUACAGCCGCCGCAAGAGCUCUAACUCAACUGUGUACGAAAGCGAUUGAUGGUACGAACGCGAACGACUCGAAGAGUCUCUACUGUAACCAGACUUUUGUGAGAGUGAAGUAGUAACACUCAUUAUAGUGUACAGACAGUCUCGACAAACUUAGUGUAUUCAUAUUAAAAUUAGACUAUAA